AUGUCGGUUGACUUGGAUCGUCUGAACGAACUAUGCAAAGUAAGAUUUGAAAAGGAAUACAAGACAUACAGGGAAUACUUUGGAUCAAUUUCACACUUUAGCAGGGACGAACUGCUUGAGCAGAUGUUUUCCAAGUACACGAAGGGUGUUCUCUCUGAAGAAGAGGUUCUGGCAUGCAUGAGAACCAUCAGCCUGGGCAGUCUGAAGCACUUGGUCAAGCUCUAUGAGUAUGAGGGGCGCUUCUGCAAAGAGAAGGCUGUACUGGCGCUGAGGAGAAGAUACAUGGAGGAGAGUGAAUAUGACAAGGAUGAGGUUUUCCAGUGCAUAAGAAAGCUGUCGCAUUGGCUUGACUUUGGACUCGUGAAGGAAGUAUGUAAUGACGAGUGUCUGGGGCUGAUUGUUGGAGAAUAUGCACGGAAGCAUGAGCUUGAUGAGUCCUUUCUGGAUGAGAUUGUAGACUUCCUUCCUUCUGUGUUUUUUGGGUACACACAGCUGAACACUCUCUUGCUCGACUCCUUUGAAGCAUCGUUUGAUCGGGUAAUAGAGAGGAGCAUGGAGAUUCUCCAUGUUAUCAACUACUCUGAGAGGAGGGCUGUUGAGACUAUUGCCAGGAGUAGGUUGAAGAAAGACAUUUUUGAAUAUCUUGUUUCCAAUGGCCUGGUUGAGGAAGAUGCACUGGUAGCGAUGAUGGAUGUUGUUGGAUGCAUUGAUGCAGAGGUUUUUUUGAGUGACGGGGUUGUUGGAAAGCUCUGCCUGGAGAGCAUUAUAAAGUAUCUUGACUCCAUUGAGGUAGAGAAGGUUGUUGAGAUUGGGAUUUUGGGGUGCAAGUGCAAAAAGCUGUAUGGGGCUCUUCCGCCAGUUCUGGAGAAGAGGGCUGAAGAGUUUAUGAAGGAGGCAAGGAUCGUUGAUGUCCUACUUGUUAUGGUUUACUAUGACUCUCGGAUAAGGUUUGGAAGGACUCUUCUGGCUUUGAGGCCGUCUCUGGAGAAGGAAUUCCUAAUUUGCAGGGAGGAAGAAAAGAGAAGGAUUGCUGUUGAUGUUGAUAAAAGCACGGGGGAGAUCAGAGAGGUUGGGGCAGAAGCCACGGAGAGUGUGCCGAGCCAUUUUGGUGGGGGAAACGAGUUCAGAUUUGUUAAGAAGGGAAAGGCUGGGGAGAGGGAUGUUGUGGAGUACUUGAGAGAGAUAUGUGUGGAUUCCGGGGACUUUAUCAAGGAUAUCAGAAGGAAAUUAGGGUUUUCAUGCUUUCUUGACAGCCCUACGAAGCCUACCUUUGACCAGCUUGUGGUGCUUCCGAAGUACUACUUUGUGGAGUCGCUUAGGCGGUACCGUAACGAGUUUCUAGACCUGCUGUACCAGUUCGAUGAAAUAGUGAUUCCAGGGAGCCGAAGAAGAGACCUGAUUGCAAGAAGCAUUGUGUCCAGUGGGUAUAAGGAAUUGUUUGUCAGAUACCUUAUAAAAAGAAACAGAUACUUCAAGAUUGAGGUUAAUCUCGAUGCGUGGUUUGAGAAGAUGACAAGUGAGUACAAGAUCAAAUACCUCCUAGACCAUCCGACGGCAAUUAUAGGGAGAGAGGAGAAGACAAUUGAGUCCUUGAAAGAUAGCGUUCGGAUGCUUUAUCCUAUUAUUGAGAAGCUGGAGGGUAAAGAGAUAUCGCAAGAAGUGAUUGAUAAGAUUAGGAGUCAUGCUUCGAUGACUGGAGAUCCCCGAAAACAAGGAAGCGAGCAUAGACCUUAUGGCGAAAACAAAGACUGUGGGAUAAAAAGACAAGAAGCCAAUGAAUCUAUAAGAAUAGAUGUCACUAAGGGGCUGAGGGAGUGGAAGAGCCUUGAAAAAAAGAUAAAAAUAGAAGGCUGCCCCAGUGGGGACAAUGUUUAUGAUGACCUGUAUCCCAUUGAGAAGAUUGACUACGUUCCAUUCAAGAAGAGAGUAGGGUUUAUAUGUAAUGAGAUAAACAAGAGGAUUUCAAGCGGGAACGGGCUCCACAGGGCAGGGUUAGUUACAUCUGUACUGGUGAGAGAUGGAGAGAUGGCCAAGAGGGUUCUAUCUACCCUGCAAGGUGUGAAUAGAUUUGGAAAGGAUCUUGUCAAUUUUGUUGAGUUUUUUGUGUUCUUCCUCUCCUACUGCAAAAUGGAGGUGAGCAUGGAAAUGGCGACGCUUAGGACCCUGAGGAGAUACAUAUCCGAGGAGGGAAGCGACACUGUUCUGUACUUUGUGUUUAUGAAAGCCCGGCUGGAAGAGAUAGAGGCGCUAUUUUCUGAGUUUAGGGAUAAGAGCUUUGACGUUAUCUACAAGGCCAUGGUGGAUAGGAUCCGUGGAGUCAGAGAAGGGACAACUCUGGGUGAGAAGCACGGGUGUGUGACGAUUGAAGCCAGCAUACCACAGCCCGUGAUCAAAAGAAAGAAAGGCAGUGGGACAAGGGUCGAGAUUGUUGAGGUAUGGGACGGUAGAGACCAAGAAGAAAGGAUUAGAGGUACAGUCAUGGGGUUUCUGUCGUCGGAGGACGAGAGUAUGCAUUACCUUGGGCUGGGCUGUCUGAACAUGCUAGGGAUAGAGGUGAGUGUAGAGAGGUUCCUCGACUCCAGAAGUGAUAGAGUUGUUGAGGCAGCAUUGAAUAUUGUUACAAAGAGGCCUGUUACACCAUCUAUCAAUGCAAAACUUAUGGAAAUAAUGUACAGAAGGGGAAGACUGGACAAUCUCGGGAAAAUGUGUCUCAGGGCUGUAGACAUAGAUAUCCUGGAGAGGGAGGAUGUAGACAGGAUCUAUGAGAUGUUCUUUAUUGAUCCGGGAAACUAUUUGGAGGUUCUUCCAAGAAUACUGGAGAGGGGAUACGAACUGACCGAAGAGAUAAUAAUGGAGCUCAUAGGAUUAUUGGGUCAAUCUCAAUGCGAUGACAUUGUUGAGAAUGCCAUGGGUGUCUUGAAGAGCAUUGAGUACACCGAGGAAAUGGUGUUCAAGAGCAUCUUAUCCCUCGAGAGUGCUAAGUUUGCUCCGAAGACAUUCCUGAUAGAAAAAGUAUGUACGUCUCGGUGCAGUCUCGGUACUAGAGGGUUUCUUAAGCUUUGCGUGUGUGUGAGCAAUGAGGAGAACUACAGUGUGCUUAGAGGGCUACUAGAAAUACUAAGAAGAAAAGGAAUCAACAGCAAUAUUGUUGAGAAAUGGAAGGAAAGCAAGUCGCUAGAUAGGUUGAUGGCCCGGAUAUAUCCCUUGUGCAUGAAGGAUAAGCUUUAUUACAAAAGGAUUCUGGAUGAAGUCAGAAAAGACAUAGAUGAAUGGGGCUUUAUCAACGAGUUCUAUAGAAAUGAAUUUAAGGAGGCGCAGCUUAUCUGA